UCCUCACUUUUUGAAGCAGAAAAGCACAAUUCCUUUUACUGGCCCUCUCACGUGCACCCUCUAUCAUCUCUCUCUCUCUCUCUCUCUCUCUCUCUCUCUCUCUCAUCCUACCCUAACACUCUAACCUUUCUCUCCUCUUCUCACUUCUUAUCAAUCUUCAUAUCUCCUCAUCACUCCCCACUUCAUUCAUACCUCUCUCUCCGUUACCCAUGAAAAGUUGGUUUUCUAUUAAAUUUCUGUAGUCUCUUUCAAGAUCAUUAGUCAAGAGAGAGUUAUUUGAAGUGUGUGAUUAAUUAGUAGAGUGAGUGAGAGCUAUUUGAAGGCAAUGGCACUAGAGGCACUUUCAUCCAAUGAUCUCUCCAACUUCAUCACCUAUGACGCCUUAUGUUCUGCUCAGCACUACAGCCAUGCUCCUCCUUUAGAUACAAGUUCGGUCGACGACAAAAUCAUCUCUGACGGGGUCAAUAAGAGCCUGCAUUUCGGUCGUUUCCGACCACCGGAACUCCACCCCACUUCCGAGGAGUCUUCUCCCAUGAUUCGCCGGAACCUCCUGGCAUUAGAAACCGCCGACGGAAGGCCGAAUUCAGCCACAACUACACAGGGCCGAAAGAAGAGAAGAAGAAGGCCGAAGGUUUGCAAGAAUAAAGAAGAAGCAGAGACACAAAGGAUGACACACAUCGCUGUUGAACGAAACCGCCGGAAACAGAUGAACGAGCACCUUGCUGUUCUACGCUCUUUGAUGCCAGAGUCCUACAUACAAAGGGGUGACCAAGCUUCCAUAGUGGGUGGCGCUAUAGAGUUUGUGAAGGAGCUUGAGCAACUCCUACAGUUCCUUGAAGUCCAAAAGCGCCUACUGCAACAAAAAGGACCCCUGAAAAGCAGCAGCAGCAACAACAGCAUCAACUUUUUCCCACCUCCCUUCUCGCAGUUCUUCACCUACCCUCAGUACUCUUGGUGCCAAGCGCCAAGAGAGUACCCACAAGAGAACAGAUCGUCUGUCGCGGAUAUCGAGGUUACAUUGAUUGAGACCCACGCCAACCUCCGAGUCCUCACGCAGCGCAGACCCAGGCAGCUCUUAAAAAUGGUCCUCGGGUUCCAGACUCUCCGCCUCACUAUCCUUCACCUCAAUGUCUCCACCUUAGAUUCCUUUGUUCUCUAUUCCUUCAGCGUCAAGGUGGAGGAAGGAUGCCACCUGACAUCAGUAGACGACAUAGCCAGCGCUGUGCACCACAUGCUCAGAAUGAUUAACGACGAAGCUGCUCUAGCCUGCUGAGAGAGAGAGAGAGAGAGCAAAAUCAAACACACCACGAUACGUACCCUUGGAACUGAAGCAUAAUCACGAAAAUGCCUCCCCUUUUCUUGUUCAAAAUUCCCCAGAAGUUGACCAAGUGUUGAAUUAAUUACUAGUUUUCAUUCGUCUUGUAUGUAGCAAAUCGAUCGAUGGUCAUAUAUAUAUAGUUGUGUUUGAUUGUUAA